GAGGGGAGAAAUUCAAACGAAACCCAAGCGAUAAGUGUAAAAUGUCAAUCAGAAAUUAAAAUAGACAUCGCAGUGAGGCCCUCAAAGUUCAUGCAAUUGAUAAUAUUGAUCAAUGACAAAAAAAAUACAGAAAUCAUUAAUUAUAUACUUAUAGAACCGAACCAAAGUUAUGGUAGAAUUUUCACACCCUCCGGCAAUAGUAGCUUUUGGAUGACUACUUUAAACGAAGUCGGUGUGCCAUCUCUAUGGAAAAGAGGUCCAGAAGUGAAGACCUGGGAAAUCAUCAAGAGAAAUAUACAAAAUAAAUCGUAUGACAUUGAAAUACGUUUCUCUGAAUUUAUAUCAAAAAAUGGGAAGAAUGAAUAUUUCGUGAAAGCAAAUUUUUCUUGGACCACAACAGACGCUUCAGAUUCAUGUUUUGAUGUCUUAAAUUCCUGCAACAAGAAAACACAAGGAAAUCUGUUUCAGAAAAAGAUAAAACCGUACCAAGAACGUAACAUUUCGAUAGACAAUUUGCCUCUCGACGAUAGUUGUACAAUCCGAGUGACUGGGAAAUACGGAACCACAGUCCAAACUUACCGAACACCAGCCUGCGAUAAGUUUCCUCAAUGUGCUCCUCUGCCUGAUAUACCCAAAAAUGUAACAUUACAUCCUUUUAAGUAUGAGAAUGAUGACCUAUGGACAGUACGCGUGCGCUGGGCCCGACCGCGACGAGCGCCGAUGCUCUACAACAUCACGCUGCGGACGAAUGAUUCUGUGCGAAAUUUUUCAGUUUCAGGGAACGUGACGGAGGUGCAGUUCCAGCGAGUACGCGGCGCGGGCCUGUACAACGUGUCAGUGGCCGCGCUUUCCGCCAGCGGCGCGGCGGCGCGGACUAGUCGACACGAUUUUUUCCCUUUGUUGGAGCAAACAUCGAGUUCAGUGACUCUGCUGUUUGGAGCAGCCUGGUAUUCCUCACUGCUGGUGAUGGCUGCGCUGUUGUUCGUUGUGGUCUAUUGGCGCCGUCGCCUGCUUGCUAUCCAAUCCCAUAUUUACGAUAGGGUAACAUAUAUUAAAAUAGCUCAAGAAGGAGACAUAGACAUCGCGAACUCUGAGCCGGGGGCCGAGGACCAGUGGGAAGUGCGCCCUGAGCGCCUGCUGCUGCACGAGGUCAUAGGAGAGGGUGCCUUCGGGGUCGUACGGAGAGGCACGUUUGCACCUUGCAACAAAGAUGUCGCUGUUAAAAUGCUUAAAGGCUUUCCAUCUGUGGACGAAAUCCGCUCGUUCCGUGCGGAGAUGGAGCUCAUGAAGAGCGUGGGUGCCCAUCCGCAUGUGGUGAGUCUGAUCGGCUGCUGCAGCGGGCGCAGGCCACUCAUUGUGGCCGAAUACUGCAGCCGAGGAGACCUUCUCUCAUACCUCAGAUGUUCGUGGGAAAUGAUGAUAUCUCGACGGAAUUUAAAAUACUAUAACAAUAGCAAAGAAGGAAUAAACGAUCGCAACUAUUUCUUCAAAAACAAGUCCACUGAUACGAAAUUUGUAUCAAAUCGUCUGUAUGACCUUGAAGGAGCUUGUGACACUGAACUCACUUAUCGAGACCUUCUUUCAUUUAGUAGACAAAUUGCAAUGGGUAUGGAGUUUCUAGCGUCGAAUCGUGUGGUCCAUAGAGACUUAGCAGCUAGAAACGUUUUAGUGACGGCAGACAGGACGUUAAAAAUUGCGGAUUUCGGUCUUUCUCGGGAUGUGUAUCAAGAAAACCAAUACAAACAAGAAGGCAAUGGAAAGAUGCCCGUCAAAUGGAUGGCACUUGAGUCUUUGACCCAUCGAAUAUACACCACACAAAGUGAUGUAUGGUCGUUUGGCGUGGUGCUGUGGGAGGUGGUGACGGUGGGCGGCGCGCCGUACGCGGGCGUGGGCGCCGCGCGCCUGCCGCGCCUGCUCGCGGCCGGGUACCGCAUGCCGCGCCCGCCGCACUGCGCGCCCGACCUGUACAAUUUGAUGCUUUCCUGUUGGAAAGAACGACCUCGCUCUCGGCCCACUUUUACCGAGUUGCAUGAGAAACUGGACGAGAUGUUGUACGCAUGCGCCGACCACUACCUGUCGCUGGUGCUGCCCGUCGACCUCCCCGAGACGCACGUGAGGCCUCACCGAUACAUACGUAUGCUUAUUAGUUAUUACAGAGGUAAGAGAAAACGAGCCAAGAGCUACGAACGACCGCUCGCUGCCUCUACCAACCACUACACCGACCAGCCCGCCGCCGCUGCCAAGGCUGGACUUGUUCUCUGUUCUUGAAAACAAUAUUUGGCACCAGAAAUUUAUAAUAAAAUAAAACAAGGAUCAUUGCAUGUCAUUUUAUCUUUUUGUUGUGUAUUAAAAAAUAGGUGCUAUUUAUAUAAAUCAUUGUAUAUUGCAACUUAAGCCUAUUGGGAUUUAAGUACUUUAUUUAUGUAUAUUUUGUUACUUAGUUACAUUUAUAAACCAAGUAUAUAAAAACAAGGUUCGUAUUAACUUUAAAAAUAAUGAUCCGUAAGUAAUGCCACUAACUCUACAGCGAUUCGUUAAUUAAAAUUUAUAUAUUUUUAUUAGUGGCGAUAUUUAAAGUUUCGACAUUCGUCGCCCAA